AUGACUAGUGACGAUUUCGAUGACUUUCAAUUAUACAGAUAUACUCCUAACCAAGGUGCAGCUAGAUUUUUUGCAAUUAUGUUUUGUAUAAUAUGUGUCAUUAUUGUGCCCGUAUUUGUAUCAUAUGGUUGUAAAAGUAUGAAAAAGGUAUCAAGUUAUUUAGAUGCUAACACUUCAGUUUCAUAUUCUAUUAAAUACUAUAACAGAACACAAUUGAUUGGUGCUUAUGUGCCAUUUUUCUUUGGUAUCGGUGCUGAAAUUGCAGGUUACAUUUGUAGAAGUAUAUCUACUUUAAAUCAAGAAAAGGUCGGUCCCUAUAUCGGUCAAUCUAUUUGUCUAUUGAUUGCUCCUACUUUUUACACUGCUACUAUCUAUAUGCUAUUCGGUAGAAUGGCUCAUUUACUACAAGCUGAAAAAUUAAUGAUUAUGCCUGCCAAAUAUAAUACAACCUUCUUUGUUGUUGGUGAUGUAUUCAGUUUGUUCUUACAAGCCGCCGGUGGUGGUUUAAUGGCUAAUGAAUCCUCUGUCACUACAGGUUCCAAUUUAGUCACCGCUGGUCUUUUCGUUCAAAUCGGCUGGUUUGGUUUAUUCAUGUUAAACGAAGUAUAUUUCUUAUUUAAGUUAGGUAAACUUGACAAUCCAAUUGCAUCCGGUUCAAAGACAUGGAAAAGAUUGAAUAUAAUCCUAUUAAUAAACUGUGUCCUUAUCCUAGUUAGAUCUAUCGUAAGAGCCAUUGAAUUCAUUCAAGGUUAUAAAGGUGUAAUUAUAUCACAUGAAUGGUUUUUAUACGUCUUUGAUGCUGUUCCAAUGUUUUUAUUACCUGUGAUAUUCGUAACAUUUAUUAGAAUUUCAAGUAUUUACAGAGUUCAAGAAGAAUCUGUAGAAAUUCAAACUUCCUAUAAUUUUGAACCAAAGGCUGUAGACAUAGAUAAUGUAAGCACAGCGAUCACAAGAAGCAGUUCAGACAUGAAUCAUAAUAUUUACAACUAUGAAGUUGAAAACAAGGUAUGA